AUGAAGAAGUUAGAGUUUCUUGUUAAACUGUACCAAGCCAAAUGCUUGUUAGGUUCGACUGAUAAGGGAAUGGAUAUCAUGUUAAAGUUGGUGAAAAGUAUUCUUCCAGAUGGGGAGACAUUACCGAACAACUUCUACGAUGUAAAGCAGUUAAUUAAGGAUCUUGCGCUUAUAUUUGUCAAGGUAUACAGCCGAUCACAUGUCGUGGCAUGCAAAGGACUAAUGGCUGUGGACCAAGGUUUGUUUCCAAUUGAUGUACAAGAUUGGCGACGUUUUGAACAUGGAACGACACCAGGCGAUGCAUGGAAACGAAUCAAGAGGAGCGAUGGAAUUGCACUGAUGACAGGGUUAGCAAAGAACAGUGGAGGUUAUUGGUGCAAUAUUGGGAGACUGGUCCAGCGCAGAAACGAUCGAUCGCAAAUAAAUGUAAUUGUGCGAAGCGCAGGAUGCACCACACAACGGGGACAAAAUCAUAUGCCUAAGUGA